AUGCUUGAUCCGGCGGAUCUCCCCAACGAGCUCUUCAGCAUGGUGCUCGAUCUAGCCCUCCGAGACGAGUCGGAUAAUCAACGCCUCUGCGGUCUCUCCAUCCUGAAUCGUUGCUGCAGCAUGGUGCGGACAUUGAAUAUCGGCAAUUGGGGGUACUUUGACUACGCCUAUACUCCUAGUCGGGAUAAUAAACUCCCUUUGGAGGAAUUAGAAAUGGUGAUACGCGUCAUUCACGGUAAAGGCAUCGGUUAUCUUGAAUCCAGUAUCCUAGAAGGUCUAGCCAAGCGAGAUCGUCGACCUGUGAUGGCACUCCUACUAAUUUCCUUGCCCAAUCUUUCAACAUUAUUUGCUCACGUGCCACGGUCUGAUCCUGUCCUCUGGAUGGUGCUUGAACAUUUCGACCUGUGGUUUGAUCUCGAUGAGCCUUUGGUUCUGAAGGAUGAGAUUUGGAAAGGUCUUCUUGCGCACAAAACAAACCUUGAAACGAUCGACAUCGACUUAUAUGGCCUCGGAACUAUAUCCGCCUGCUCUGGUCGAUUUAUUCCCCUACGCGACUUCUCGAGCCUGAAGCAUGUCAGCCUUCAAUUACAGACAUUACUUGACGACGACGACGAAGACUUGCCACCUCCCUACCUCCCAAAAGACACGCUCCCACCCACCCUGGAGUCAUUGACCACCUACAGAUAUAAUGACUAUGGUUUUCCCCCAGAAUUGCCUACGCAGUUACAAGACUUGGUUAGCCCAGACUUCCCCUGUCUGAGAACCAUUGUUAUGGAGGACAUGGGAGGCCUUUAUGACCUCGAGACUGAGGAUUUCAGAGCUUCCCUCCAAGCCCUUGAACAAAAAUGCAACGAAAACGGCGUUGAGUUCCGAAUCCAGCACGGUGACCAGCUUCGACAUGACGGGAUUCGUCAAGACUUGUGGGCGAAGACACUCUACAUGAGAGAGGAUGGACAUCAACGCGCCGACCAGUUCGUCUUGGCCCCAAAAGGUUCCGAGAUCAUGAAGAGCUCGUUCUCCACCCAACAGAGGAAAUAUACGAUGACGACGACGAUGACAAUAGUGACGACGAAUAUGGCCCCUAUGGCGGAGAAGGUAGACCAAGAGAAGUGA